CUACGACACUGCGCUCGUGGAUCGCGUUUCCCUCCCCGUCAGAAAAAAAAAAAAGAAAAGAAAGAAAAAAGCCGCCAGUUCCUCUCUCCCGGAAUAGGUACAAUUCUAAAACGUCGGGAAUUGAGCCGUUUUGCAUCCGCAAGAUCGUUGGGGGCUUUCUCUGAGGUAGCUGUUGCUUCCCGCGCGACCGUCUCGACACGGGUAUUGCCUCAGCUUCCCACCUUUUGCUGCCGCCCACUGCUCCCGCAGCUUCGUGGUAGCCAUCAGCUUUAUGCAUCGGCAAUCUGUCGCCUUCUCCCGGUCCAGAUCUUACUCGCAUUAAAAACGACAUCUGGAGCGUGCGCCUCGCUUCUGUCACCAUCCCCUCCCCCCUUCCGCGAAAAAAGUCGUAAAUCGAAAACUCGUCCCUGGCCUCUCGCCACCUUUGUCAUCGCCAACUCGUCAACAUGAGCUACGACCAGGGGCAGAACAUGCAUCCAGCAUACCAUUAUCCGCCGGCUCAUCUCCCCCAGCCUCCGCCGCCGCCGCAACACGCUCCCCAUCACCAUCCUCAUGCUCCCCAGCCGCACCAGUAUUCGCAUCAUCAGCAGCCGCAAUACCCGCCGCCGCCCGCCCAUCAUGCUGCUCACGCCGCGCCCACCUUGCCUCCGAUGCCUUCUUAUCCUGCCCAGAUACCUCCUCAGAUGCCUCCCCAGAUGGCCCCUCCCGACAUGCCCAGCAACGGCGCACCACCCCAGCCGCAACUCGUUCCUGAGCCCGUCCGAAGCGUCGAGCCCAUCUCGAGAAAAGAUGAAGCGGGAAGAAUAUACAAGCUCGACGUCGUCCAGCAACCUAAGCGCGCUCGCAUGUGCGGCUUUGGCGACAAAGACCGCCGGCCCAUCACACCUCCACCUUGUGUGCGACUCAUUAUCAUUGAUCCAGAGACCGGCAAGGAGGUGGACUGCAACGAGAUUGAUCACUCCAUGUACGUCCUCAACGUAGACCUCUGGUCCGAAGAUGGCCAGCGCGAAGUCAACCUCGUCCGACACACCAAUAAUGCGCCAACCAUCUCGUCUACCACGCCUUGCUCCUACACGAACCUUACCGAAACCGCAACCUCGUUUCAGCACAUCCUGCCUUCCAACACACCGCAUCGCGAUCCUUCGUAUCCGCCCCAGGCCGCAAUGGGUUAUCCGCCCACGCCAGCCUCCCAGUACACCACUCCCGGCUACGCCAUGUCACCCGGCGGCUAUCCAGUUCAUCAAUUACCUCCGACGAACGGUUACAACCCCAACCCCGGUUACGGCUUCAAUGGCAUGCCCGAGUACCCUCGCUCGGAGUACGGCUCUGCCCAUUUUCAUGCCCGGAACGCGAUCGGAGGAGCAGGGGCCCCGCAGGGCAUGUACACGAGGAACCUCAUCGGAAGUCUGGCGGCCAGUGCUUUCCGUCUAUCCGAUGUUGACGAGCACAUUGGCAUCUGGUUCAUCUUGCAGGACUUGAGCGUUCGCACUGAAGGCACUUUCCGCCUUCGCUUCUCUUUCGUCAACGUCGGGCCUCCUUCCAAGCCGGCAAACGGAAACCAAAACUCGACCACUCGGUCCGCCAAGGCGCCCAUCCUGGCCUGCUGCUACAGCGAGCCGUUCACCGUCUUCUCCGCCAAGAAGUUCCCCGGCGUGUGCGAGAGCACGCCUUUGAGCAAGUGCUUCGCCGCCCAAGGCAUCAAGAUCCCGAUACGAAAGGAGGGCCCGGACAGCAAACGAAACAAGGACGAGGAUGAAGAUGAUUACUGAUGAUAUGAUGAUGACAAUGAUGACCACCUUUUUUUUUCUUUUUUUUUUCUUCUUUUUUUUUCUCCUUCUAUUUCCUGCCGCGCC